CAACUUGUCCACCAGGCUUGGUGACUGAACCCUUUAUGAUCUUCACCCUCCUCAGUGUCCCAGGAGUGUCGUACCCAGUGGUUCAAUAGCGACGACCCGUCGGACGACGGCGACGUGGAGUCCAUACAUCAACUCCUCAAGUCCUACCCGGGCCAGGUCUGCAGAAACCCGCUCCAAAUUGAGGCCAGGACAACGAGCGGACUGUCUUCCGAGUUCACGGCGGACGUCUUCCUCACCCAUGACGUGACUUUCGGCUUGGCGUGCAUCAACAACCAGCAGAAGAGUCAACAGUGCGAGGACUAUGAGGUCAUGCUGGACUGUCCCUCGGACUUCUGCCACGGUUGCCGGACACGCUGGUUCGACCUGGACGAUCCCACCAGGGAGGGCGACUACGAGACCCUCCUGCAGCUGCUCAGAGUUUACCCCCAGGAGGUCUGCUCUCAGCCUAUAGCCGUGGAGGCCAUGACGGUGUCGGGCGUCCCCGCAUACCUCACUGGGGACGUCUUCCACAUGUACGAUGCCAGCGUGGGUUUUGCGUGUGUGAACGACGGCCAGCCGAGUGGCAAACGUUGCCAUGACUACAAGGUGAGAUUCACCUGCCUGCCUGCCUUCUGCUCUGCAUGAAACAGCUGCAAUAUUACAAAUAUGACAAAAAAAUAUGAUACAAUUAUGAUGUCUGUGUAUUUGCGUGUGUGUGUAACAAAUAAACUCUGAUGUCCCUUGGAUGGAGGAAA